AACAAACGCGCAUCCAGCACAAUGCCUCCUCCACUGGAUUUCUUACCUGCAAAAGCGACACUGAAAGCUACUUCAAUUUCUCCUAGCAUAUCCCCGUCGUCAAGAUGGCCGAUCUACCGUCAAAACCAGCAAUCCGAGACUAUUACGCCGACCUCGAGGUCUCCCAUAAAGAUAACGUCGAAACAAUUGAGAAAGCUUACAGCGCUUUGAAAACGGACCUCCAAUCCGACAGUACACGCUCUAUGGUGAAAGCAAAAGCCGUGCAGCUCCGCCAGAUCGAGGAAGCAUGGGCCUGUCUCAGCGACACCACCAAGCGCUCCACCUUCGACACUCAACGCGCAGAGAUCCGCCGCGAAUGGAUAAUGUACUACGCGCUGCUCACCGCCUCAUCAUCAGCGCCGCGACGAGGACGAGGACGACCACGAAACCAGAACCGCGUUCAGCGCCCCCAACAGCACAGUCGCCCCUAUCACUCCCUUCACCCCAAAACCCGUGCCGCUCAAUCACAAUCCCGGGAAGAGAAACUCGUCGCCGCGGCUCAGAAAGGCAAGGUUAGAAUAUUCAGAAUUUGGCUAAAUCGCGAUACCCUCGCGGAGAAGUAUCGCCAGCUUGGUAUCGACUUCCAUGAGCUCACGCAAGCUCUUCCCCUUGCGCUUGUCGAGAGCUGUGAGUGUGAUGGAUGUGAGAUUGUGAGGGAGUGCAAGGUUGAUGAGGCGGAGGAGAUGGAUGAGAGGUUGGCUCUCGGUGUGUUUGCGGAGUAUUUGGCGUGGAAGAGGAAUUUGGUGGGUCGUGAGGAUGCGGACCAAGAGUUUGAGGACGAGAUGCAGAGGGGUGUUGAUCGGAUGUUGGAGGUUGAGAAGAUGGCGGAGAAUGCGGAGAGGGUUGAUGAGGAAGUGGAGGACGAGUGUGAGGUUUUGGAGUGAGUUGACAAAUGAAGAGGGAAAAGGCAUAGAUAGGAUGCAAGUCAAACAUAUCAGUGUCUAGGUGUUGAGUGUGGUUGGAAGAUUGGUUCC